ACCGGAUGAACACGGUACUUUAACUUUUUGGGAGUCACAAGCCGAAUUAAGGAGCCUUCUUUCCCUAACGUAUGCGUAGGUAAAAAUGUUGACCGUUCUUGAUCUCGUGAUCGUUUUUGUUGUCUUCGGUGCCAUCCGACGCCUUGGCCAGCAUGCAAGUUGGCGGGACACGUGCACCAAGCGAAGAGCUUGGUAUACAACUUACUACAUCCCGCUUUACCUCUGCAUCCUCGGCCUUUGGAUCGCGGACCUGGAGCGGUGUUUGGAUUUGCGCAGCUACCUGCUCCCCGACAUCAAGCAGUCGCGCUAUUGGGCCUGGUUACGGGAGCAAAGAGACCAUGGGGAGCGGCGGAAGGUGGAGAAGCGGGUGUUGCUUGCGCUCGGCGACAUGGUAAAGCUGCAAAAGGAGCGGCCGGAUUUGCUCCAGAAAAUGACGGACGUCGCAAAAGACUUGCACGCCGAAGAGACGGCCGCGGAGCAGGAACAUAGCCCGCCGAGAAACGAAAAGGCAGCGAAGAAUUGGGAACGCUUCGUUCAAGACGCGCCGGCAGUGCAGGAACAGAGAUCGAGAGCAGCGGGGGAAGGACAUGGGCAAACCAAUCAAGAUCGGGGAGAUGGCGGCUCUUCGCCUGCACCACAAGCGGAGUUGUCGGACGAACCAGGAUCAAGUGCGUUUGCAUCGCCUGCGGCGAGUGCAGAUGGCGGCGACCAACGCAGGGGAGUGGUUGUAUUGCCUGAAGAAGUUCUUUUGAGCGGCGGAGGUGGACCUGGUAAUCGCCGUCCUUCAUCGGCAGAAGAUGAGCCGGCAGACGAGGACGGAGCGGAAAGCGACAGCAGUGGUCAGUUUUUGCGGCCGCGGAACCGCAGCGGGGGUGUGAGAUCAGCAGCGCUCGCGCCACUAGACACUGAAAAUCCAAGUGCAGGUGCUGGUGGGCCACUAUCGUCACCGCGGGGAGCAGCACAUAUGACCUCCGAACAAGAAGAACAACAACGCGAACAACAUGACAGUGGAAAUGGCAGUGCAGGAGCGCCCGCGAGUUUUCUCGAAGAGAAUCCGGAGGAGAAGCUGGAAAAAAUACCGAUAAAGAGCAAGGCCAUUGAAGCCGGAGACGUGGUGCAGGAAGUGGCGCAGCUUCUCCACGGCCACGAGCAGGAAGGGACGGAACUACUUCCAGCAGCUAUUGCUGAGCAGGAAUCCGAGCUGACGAGAAGUGGCCGCCUGAAGACGAGUGAAGAGAAAGCCCCGACGGGUAGUUCGGCUGCAGGAGCAAUUACAGAAAGUGAAGGGUUCUCGGUUUCCCGAGCAGCACAGGGAGGAUCUGACGUGGCUGGAAAUCCAAAUCGUCCACUGCAGGCGAAUUUGCAUGUACAGCACCCAGCGGCACCACCUCCCGCCCCCGCUACCACCACUGCGAUAGCGACCGCGCUUGUUAGCCGGCACCAGAGCCGGGUUCGACGAGAGCAACCAGGCCGAGUCACGGAUGAGCAGCUCGAGCAUGAGUCUGCGCUGCUGGAUGAGGUCGAGCACAAGCACAUCUAUCGCAUCCCCGCGAUUCUCAGCAUUUUGGUGGAUCUAAGUGGCGUUUUUGUGUUAAUCACUUUCGUCGUGACCGGCAUCAAUCUUUGCAGGCACCACAACCGCAUGGGAGAAAUCGGAGAUUUGUUCCACGACAAGGAGAGAGCUCCUGGCACGGUUUCCUGCGGCACCCCGACGCACGAUGAGGUGGUGCAAAAGCUCAAGGUCGCGCACGCGCUCACAUUGGCUGCCAAUGACGAGAAGCAGGCUAAGCUCGUGGAGGGUACUGCAAACACCGACGUGGCGGAGCAGGUGGAGAAGGCGGCCAGUAGUGAAUGUGAAGACCACACUGCGAACAAAAACAACCUCGUGUUGCUCCAUGCAAGCAAAGAGAAAACUGGAAAACACAAGCGACCAUCGCGAUGCUCCAGAAGGAGCAGUGUCAACAGCUCCGCCGUCUCUUCCCGCCGAUCGUCUUCUGUUGCCGCCAUCAGCGAGUUCACCACGCUCUCGGAGCGCAUGCGCAACAAAACCGAAAUCGAGGAGCCACAUCUGGCGCAUUUGGCGAUCAAGCCGCAUGACUACUCGAUACAAGUCAUUUUGCUACCGGUGGUGUAUUCCCUACUGGCGUUCAAAAGCACUUUACGGAUGUCGGAGCUCAUGUCGGGGACGGUCCACCACGAUCGCAUUCACAACACGGCCGCUAUGUUGUACCACAAGGUAGGAAACACGUUGUACGCGGCACUGGUGAUGCCGCUGUCCGACCAAAAUUCGUCCGCCGGUGAGGCUGCUAUGAUUCAGCCGGAAGGUAUUAUUAUUUUUUUUUUUGUGGCUCUACGAACAACUACUUAACAAUCUAUCACUAUUGACUUCUUCUCCACGUGAUCUCUUGUUGCUCUCCGGACGCUAUUGUCAGCAACAGCGGUAUUGCAUGCAGUCCGGUACUUUGAGUUCGAAGGUUCAUCUUGAAGCUAAGCCUCAGUCAAAGCAAAGACUCCGAUUCCAGUUUACAGAGAUAUCAUCGUAAUCUCCAGAACCAGCCCCGCAAGACAUCCACGCGGGUGACGAGGCAAAGUAUUUACCACUCCAUCUUCGCGAGAGAAAAUUCAGCCAGUAUUACGAAGCGAACUUUUACAUGGCCGACCUGUACGUAGCGUGGGCGUUGUGGUGCUUUUCGAGAUUGUGCGUCGGCGCGGUCAGGAACCAGGGUCUGCGCAAGCAACAGCGCGAGCGCAUGUUCGACCCGUUGAGGAAGAUUACGCUGCUUGGUAGCUAAGUGAGGUUUUUCAUUCAACACAGUAAUGACAGUGAUAGUGAUCAUCAUACUGAGCACAAAAGAUUAACUACUGCAUCUGUGUACAACAGUGCCUGGCACACCUGUGAAUUUUACCACUGCGGUUUUUUGACUAUACUUCCACCCAAACUUCUGCCAGGCGUCCAGACUUUCGUUGUGGUGAACGCUUUCGGUGCGGCUUUCCAGCUGGUGAUUGUGUUGUCGCGCGCACUCGGUCAUCGGUACGAAUUUGUGGAUCACUUGCUGGAGAGGCACGAGACACUGAUCGAGACCCUCGAGUCCAUGAUUUUUGGCGCCGGCCUGAUCGCUUCCAUGGGCGCCCUGUACAACAUCGUCGCUUUCGAGCGGCACAUGACCCACUGGCUGCGUCUGUUUGAACCGAAAUGGAAGUUUUGGUCGGCAAAGGUAAGGUUUUGAAGAUACCGCGUCAGUCGUGGCCUACACGUCAACAUUUGCUUUUCAAUGCUGUCUGUAUCGUAGUUUUGCAUCGACGCAGAACAUGAAGUUGAAGGAAGUUGUGCACAGGUACGUAAACGUAUCCAAAAAUUUCCACAGGUCCUGGUUUCGCUUGGGCAUUUCCAACUUUUGUUUCUGAACAUCCUCGUCCAGUCAGGCUUGGUGUCCGAGCAGCAGAAAAAGCUUUUGUUCGCGACCCUUGUCACGUUGGAGUGUCUCCCCGUCGCGAUCAUCAAUCUGAAGGCUUGGGACGCCAAAGCCCACUGGGCGCGAGAGCCGGAAUGGAGCCGGCCAAGUGUCGUGCACGCAGACGGAUCCGGGGAAGCAGGCGGGGGUCAUCAUUGAAAUGAGUACAGGGCUCUCUUUUUCAUAAUAUUCAACCGAAUCCACUUCUCUCUUCUACUCUCACACCAUGAUGACGAUUUCGCGUCCUGGUAGGUUUUAGCGUUUUGUGUUUCGCCACCUCUGUAUAUUGUUUUUUGUCUGAUUUAAUGUUGAACCUCGACAGAUUGAAAUAGGUUCAGGUCGCGGCAGUGCUGAAUUCUUUUGUUUCAAAUGAACCAGAACCCGAAGUGAGUAUUUUGAUUUCGAUUCUAUUUGAAGAUGUCGAAGCCAACGAAACUCUUACUUUAGAGAAUAAAGUCAAUUUUUGUUUUUCUUUGUCAGCCCACGUAGUUCAGGUGGCUAGCCCUGAAAAGACGGGACGGGAACUCACUGACCCCUUCGAUCGGUUGAAACCGAUUACAAUGAAAGAACUCCUAUUUAUUUCACACGUACAAGAAAAGGAACAGCCACGAGCUGACCGAUGUUGUGUGUGAUGUUCUCGAUAAACCAGAUGGUUCCAGGUGCAACCUUGCACCAGUAGUUUGUUUUUCUUGUUGUUGUCUGUGGUCGGUUUGUUCGGUUUCGGUAUUACUAGCCGUAGAUUUCGUAGUACAACUUUCUAAAGUUCCCUCUUCAUGAUUAUGGUUCGUUGGGUGAAAAAUGUUUUUCUUUGUGAUCC